AUGGCCUCGUCGGAGCUUGAAAAACGACGUGCAAUUCUAUUUUGGAAAAUCAUUUAUGAAAAGAUAACUGUCAGAAAAUCCAUUAAAAAUUAUCAGCGUCCUGUGAAACAGUCACUAUGCGUGUCGAUGCGGAGAGAUACACACUGGAAGUGCCUGAUCCUCACUCUUCUCAUCUACGCAUGUCUAGCAGCGAUCACGUGGUGUCGACUUACUGUAGUCACGAAGAAAGUCACCAGCCUGUACGACAGCCUUCUAACGAAAAUAUCACAUGCCUCGCCUUGCGACGAUGGCUACAUAUACAUUCCGGUGGCCUUUGUAAUAAUGCUUUACCUUGUUUAUUUGGUCGAGUGCUGGCACAGUCACACUCGAAUACAAUUGCAAUACAAAGUGGAUGGAAACAUGGUGUACGAACGGGUAAGAAACAUGCGCGAAGCAUUACCCAUUAUUUGGUGGAAAGCGGUCUGUUAUCAUUAUGUCCGCCGGACUAGGCAAGUAACGCGAUACAGGAACGGAGAUGCCUUCACGACGACGCAAGUUUACUAUGAACGAGUAAAUUCGCAUGCCGCGGGCUCUGCGUUCAAUUUUUCAAAUUGUGGAGUGAAAGAUGUGUCGCGCGUACUUGUCGGUUUAGAUUUGUAUCCGGCGACUAAGAUUCGCUUCACCAAAGGGUUUUCCUUCGCGACAUUUGAAGCUGAGUGUGAGUUCGAAGAUCAGCGCGCUCAGUUCUUUCAAGACAACGAACGCCGUGACGAUUAUAUGGAAAGCCAAGAGGGCAUGGACCUCCUAAACGUACAUUUCAAAGAGUACAUGAUUGCCUUUGCAGAUCCGGAAAAUCUACCUUGGUAUGUGUCACAUAUCAUAUUCUGGAUUGCUUCUUUCUUUUUGUUGUCGUGGCCGCUUCGUGUUAUAAUCGAAUACAAAACGGCCUACGUACAUUUACACGUUCACAAACUCUUCGGAACGAAUUACCUCGAUAGUGCAGCGGCUGGUGGGACAGGUGGUCAACUAUCUCGGGUAAGUACAAUGGGUAGCUCAGAAAUGGAAAUGACUAUAAGAAACAAUUACGCCAUAGUGCCAAGCUACUCAGAAGCUCUUUUGAUUCAGUCUCCAAUCGACGGGCCUUGUCAGACGACUUACUUACUACGACGCCCUAUACCUGACGCCAACGGCAAUUUGACUGUUCCUAUGCGCAGCUUCACAUUCUCUAGUCUAUCAAACGUUCAAGGAUCUGAAAACAGUUGCUAUAUACGUGGAUCCUGCUCGAACGGGUAUCUUUCGACAUCUGCCAGAGAUGCACGACCGAGCAACUGCAUAACGGCCGGAAGAGGUAGUUCCUUGAUGUCUAGUGGUCACAUAACAAGUAUUGAUGACGCAGUGGAUGCAGAUGAAGAAGAGAGUGCCACAGAAAACGAAGAUACAGACGUUUCGCCCCAAGCAACUUUGCGUGGCUAUGCUAGCAUCAAGCAACAGAGGCGCCGUAAACGGAAAAGGUCAAGAAAUUCGGGCAUUGCCUCUACGGUCGUUACGACUGCUGCCUCAACAAGUGGAGUUCAAGGUCAAGACCAAGUAUAUCCCAACAGAAAUAAUAGUGCUUCCAUUGACAGAGGUGUAUUACGCCAGUCAUCUUCAGUAACGUCGAUGGCAACAUAUUCUUGUACUCCACACACAUCUAACAGUCACCAAUGCGUCAUCGUCAAUUCCCCGGCCGUUGCCUCGUUUGAAAUGGUCAACAUGAGUAACAGAAGUACACCUUCGACAAGUCGCCAGUCUAGUAUUAUUACUGUUAACGUCCCCGGUAACCCGAAAGCAACCAGUCUGCCUGCUGCUAUUAUGAGCGGCAGCAUGAUUGAUACUACAACAACAACAACAACAACAACAACAAGUUCAACGUCUGCAUCUUCAUUUUUUCAACAACAUAAUCACCAGCAGCAACAGCAACAGCAACAGCAACAGCAACAGCAACAGCAAAAGCAGCUGCAACUGAAAGAGCAACAAGAACCAGAUCAACCUUUACGUUUAAGUGCGGAUUCUGCAGCAACGCAAGCUGCUGCAACUGCAGUCGAUUUACUUUUGCAACAGCAACACAAACCGAAUGCCCAAGACUCCCGAAAACUUCAGAACACGGGCAUCGUUACAACACGGUUGACAAGCCUCUCAGGUGGCGAAAAUACUUCUACUACACAAAAACAGCAGCGACGGCAACAACAGCAGCAGCAACAACAACAACAACAACAACAACAACAACAACAACAUCUAUGGUCUCUUCAACGAAGAGAAACUAAUAAACGCAAUGAUUCUUUGAGCAAAAACAAAUCAACAGACGGUAACCAUGACAAUAGUUACACGUCUAUGUCAAGAUCCAAUCAGCGCCACCUGUUAACUUCCCAUGCUUCCAGAGAUUCCCAAGACAACUACUGUCGCAAUAUUGGAAGCAGCAGAACAACCGGUAACCAUGGAAGCAGUUGCUAUAACAAAGACAACAAACACGGCAGCAGUGGCAGCAGCGGUCGCAGCAGCAGCAACGUUAAUCGCACUGACUCUCUUACUUCACCCCCAACAUCUGCAGCACCUUCAGCUGCAAGUAAACGCACGAGGUCUCAGUCAACCUCGAGGCUAGAGCGGCAAAGCCGAGUUGAAUCGCAUGACGAAGAUCACCCUGACCCACCACCCUGUUACGAAGACGCACUCUGGAUGCAAAGGGUAAUUGCUGACAGCAGAUCGAAUAGCGAAGGCUUCGGAGAAAGUUUGAACCCGUCGCAUUUGGCUUUUGCGCGCGGCGGUCGUCCUUAUAGAACAAUUCGAUUAAUGGAAACUUCUUUGUGAAAUAAAAUCUCUAAUGAAUGGAAUGAACAAACUGAGAAAAGGAGAUGAAUUAUCAUUGCU